AUGUCUAAUACCAAUGAAGAUCUAAUAUCUUCAUUGUAUCCCCCUCCACCGCCAUAUGUCAAAUUCUUUACUAAUGAAAAUCUAGCAAAGCUAGCACAAUGGGAACAACAACGCAAGUCAGAACCAAGUGAAAAUACAGUCGAAGUCCCACCAGGUGAAUUACGAUUCCUUGUGCCACCAGCACCGCCAUCGGGUUCUCACUACAGAGGUUAUGGGAACAUCUGGUCGUUUGAAGAUAAACUUCCCAGUCUUAAAUCUACAAAUUGGCGACAACUUUACCCAGCUGAAAAUGACGAGUCAAUUACUUCAGAAACGAAAAUAAAAGAAUUGCAUAAGUUAAUGGAUUCACUAUUGCUCAACUUCUUGGAGUUGAUUGGAAUAAUGUCAAUCGAUCCUACCAAUUAUGAGAGUAAGGUUAAGGAUAUUUCUUUGAUUUUGAUUAAUAUCAAUCAUUUACUAAAUACUUAUAGACCACACCAAACUAGAGAGAGUUUAAUUAUGUUGCUACGUAAACAAAUCGACUUGAAACGACAAGAAAUCGACACAAUUGAAAAAGUUUCGGAAGAAGUCAAGACCAAAAUUAAGAAAUUGACGGAAUUUGAAAUAAAUCUGAAGGAAGAACACUUUAAACGAAACAAUAAAAACGAUGAACAAAUCCGGAAAUUGAAAUCGGAAAUAAUCGAAAAGUUAUUACUGGAUAUAUAA